CUCCUCUUUCGCCUCCUCGUUGUCAUCUCGCAUUCGCACGCUCUUGCCGUUUCCCGCAGACACACCAGAGCCCCACCCCGAUUGAGACACGAUGGCAUUGCGCGCUUCCGCCCCUCUUCUCCGCAACGUCCUGGCCCGCUCGGCGCCACGGGCUGCCGUUGCUGCCCCGUCGUUUGCCCGUGCUGCCGCCGCUGCUCCUUCCGUCUCGGCUAGUGCGCGAUGGGCACCGUCGUUCCAGGUCCGGGGCUACGCCGCCUCGUCGGGCCUCUCGAACCAAGAGAUCCAGAACCGCAUCGUCGAAGUCCUCAAGUCCUUUGAGAAGGUCGACCCAUCCAAGGUCGCUAACUCGUCGAGCUUCAUCUCGGACCUCGGGCUGGACAGCCUCGAUGCCGUCGAGGUCGUCAUGGCCAUCGAGGAGGAGUUUUCGAUUGAGAUCCCAGACGCAGAGGCCGACAACAUCACCACGGUCCAGCAGGCCAUCGACUAUAUCGCAAAGACGCCCGAGGCUCAUUAAAUAAUGAACGAAUGGUCGAAGGCAACGCUUGGGCAGCAAUGAAAAUUUGUUGACAUGAUCAGACUCGGAAGACACGAGCGGUGGAGGCGAGGGCUUAUGAGAAGGAUCGCUGGGCUGAACCGCCUUUUGGUGAAUGGGUCAGGAUCUGACGAUUGCUUAUGGAAGAUGAGCGAGAUGCCAGGAGUUUUCUUCGUGGCCACCUAUUCCAUGCUGCUUUCCGGUGCAAAUACGCCCGAAAAGACAUGUGUCACUGCUGACAAGUAGCGUCUUUGAGACUGCUAAAGAUAGGACUUGAGGUGCAAAUGAACUUGCCUGUCAACUUCUUCCCGGCGGGAAUGUCGGC